AGAGCUGUGCUGUAGUAAAGAGGGGCUGUUCCCUCAGCAGAUCCCAGCUCAGCUCAGUCCGUCCAGACCAGCGGCUGGGUUGAAAGCUGGGGACUAGGCGGCGACGCAGCGACGCAUUUCACAGUGAUGGCCUCCGCUGUGCAGCUGUGCCGGUAAUCCUGCCGGUGUGUGUAAGGGAAGAAGAGGAGACGCCUUGAAAAGCAACCUUCCUAAAGGCAGAGAGGGGGUGGGAGGAAACACCAGCACCAGCAGAAGCAAAUGCCACCAUGUACAGCGUGGAGGACCUCCUCAUCUCUCAUGGAUACAAACUGCCCAGACAUGCCGCCUCCUCCACCCCUACGCCAGUCCCCGCAUCGUCAUCUGCCCGUCAACCACCCUCUUCCUCGCCACCGUCCUACAGCAAACACCACGAAAUCCUGGAGAACAGGUCCGGCCCCAGGACAGUGAACGGCUACGAGCGGGGGCCCGCGUCGGCCAUGGGGAACAGCGGCGGAACAAGGCAGCCCCAGGUGUACGUCGGCGGCUGCCCCAGCAACAACAAUGAACCCAGGGAGGGGAGCCAGCCGAAACGAGACGGUGAGAACCGGGGCCAAACCGAUACCCACUCCUUGGGGGAGUCGCUGACGUCGGACAGCGGGUUUUGUGAUGGCAACAGAGGCCCACAGCCACAAUCCAAGGAUGUUUCAUACUGGAGGAGGAGAGGACAGGAUUUCAGCGUGCUGCUGGACUACGCUGACAUCAGGGAACCCCAUGGAAAGGGACAGGGAGGGUACAGCAGGCCAGAAGGGCCUCAGCAGGCCAGAGGUCAAGAGCUCUCUGUGGAGGACCGUCAGAGAGCAGCUCAGGAAAGGCAGCGCUGGGCAGCCCACGCCCAAGCCCAAGCCCUGGCCCAGACACAGGGCCGCUCUAGAGAAAGGGAGGCCGCCCUCCAGGAAUGGAGGAUGGCAACUGAGAGGAAAUGCCAGAGCCUGGGGACGGAGGAGUGGCACCCAGCUGUGAGCUUCGGCCGUCAGAUGUCUCAGAGCGAGGCGGAGCGUUGGGGACAGGAGCAGCAGCGACUCCAUGCCAGAACGCCGGAGGGCAUGGUAGUCCACCCCAGGACCAAAGCUAAGUCCCAGUCUCUGCCCAGAGUGUUGCAGCCCGAGAGCCUGCAAUACGUGGACAUAGCAUUGUCUGGUAAGGAAAUGUUCAGGCGGGUCAACGGCCACCCGCUGACCCACCAAGACUUUUACCGAGCACCUCGCUGGCCAGAAAACGGGAGGCCGGCCAGUGCCAACCAACUCUCAAUCACACCAAAGGCCCGCUUCACCCGACCCCCCAGACCUCCUUCUUACGAGAUGCACCAGCAGAUCAGGGGAAGCUGCGAGAUUCUGUCCGGCAGAGAGUCAGUGACCCCCAUGGCAAGAGACAGAACUCCCAUCCCCACAUCGAGAAGUAAAGACCCUCAGUUGGACUAUUUUGCACAGGAUUCUCGGCCUCCGGGGUAUAUCCCUCCUCCGUCUUAUAAAAGAGCUCCAAUAAUGGGAGGGGCGUUCCGAGGAUAUGGAGAUGUUCUUUUUGAGUACAGGUACAGAGGGGAUAUGUAUCCACAGGUACAAGUGGCUCCUGAUGGAUCUCAUUGGUUCAUCAGGCAUCCAGCUUGUUCCUGGCCUGGUCCCCACAGAGACAGAAGUUCAUCCAGCCAGAAGCAGCUUUACCCUGUGUAUUCGACCCAGGAGUAUUCAGGAGGAGGAGUUCAGUAUAUCUCCUUUGAUGAUCCUCGCAUUCGUCACAUUUCCUCAGCUCUGGGUGGUAACUCUCUGACGGACGCUGACAAAAUCCGCCACAUCCGUAAUGAGCUUCCCAGCGUCACCGUAUCAGAGCCUGCACCCGACGACAGUGCCUUUUUGCCCCCGCCACUGGGGCCUUUCGUCUCUGCCAAACUGGCAGGUGAAAAUAACCAGACGUCUUCUAGCAAUGUGGACAAUGAAAAUAAAAGGUGGCGAAGUGAUUUGCACAAAGACUCUAUAAGUAACUUCCGAGCACCUGACCAAAACUGCAACAACAGACAUCUCAACACUCUACCAUCGCCGUCGUCCCCCUCUUCAGCUUUUCAGCUCCCAUUAACAAGGACCUUUUCUCGUCAGGGGUCCAGUUCGGACCAGGUCUUUGCAGAAACCAUCACACAAGUAAAGACAAUUGUUCCAGAGUCAGGACAAGAAAUCCAAAGGAACACCAAAAGAAGAGUGAGUGAAACCAUUUUCUGCCUCGUGUCCGUCCCCGUUCACACGCCGACAAACAUUAAUAAAGGCUUAGCAGCUGAUCAGAACAAUAAUGAGGCAAUGCCAAACCUGACCGUUACGAACACUGACACUUUUGCUGUAGGUCUCAAAGAAAGCCCCAACAUCCGUAGCAAGUCUGUGAAUGAGAUACCUAUCAAGUCACACUACUCUCACUACCACACUACCAGCACGUCCUCAAUGAGGAAUUACAAAAGAGCUCCUUUAAGAAAGGAGGUCAUAGACGCCUGGGUACUUCAAGCAAAUGAGGACAAAGAGUUAGGCUAUGGUGGAUCUUGGCCUGGAAACCAAUACCGUAACCAGGAAACCCAAACAGGCUCACCCGUGACAGGUUUUAAAAGUCCAGAAACCCAAAGCCCCACCAAGAGACAGGAGGCUCUUCAUUCAGCCUCAGAUACAACUAUGGAUAGUGCCUCCUCUUAUGGAUACCCAAUGACGGGUCAAAAGAACCUUCAUCUUUCCAGUAACAGCGCCUUCUCCCGUCUUAACCUAAGCCCAACACAAACAGAAUCACUUCAGCACACACAACAGGACUCAUCAUCUCCUACCAAGACACAUAAUCAGGGAGAACAUCAGUUAUCUUCUCCUAAGAAGAGCAGUCCACCUGAAAGUGAAGAACAACUGGUCUUUGGGCAAUUUCUCUUGAAGCCAGUGAACCGACGACCCUGUGACGCAAUUGGUGAAUUGGAGACUAUUAACAAAGAGAUGGAAGAUACGAUUAGCAAAAGACCAAAUGUGAGUCGAUUUAAAAAUGACAGUGUGGAUGAAAGACUGGCUUGUUUUAAAUCAGGAGAACAUUUCACUGGUGGGCCAGAACCAGGCCGGGAAGCAAUUAGUCUCCCACCAAUGCACAUCGAAAGGCCCAAUAAUAUAAAAAAGCGAUCAAAGUCCUUUGCCUCUAGUGCUGAUCUAGAAUCGAUGGAAAUGCGUGGAACUUUCUCCAAGCCACAGGCCAAUAACAUCCCACUAACAAGUAAGCAGUCCCCUCUUCCCAAACCAACCCGAAGCAACAAUUUUCUCUUGUCUUUUGUCCCCCCUUGCAGUGAUUCAAACCAUCUCUACAGGCAGGACAUCCCAGUUCCUCAAGAGUCCUUGUUGAGGGAUGUGGGGCUUACUGUCUAUACAGAAACUCCUGGUGGUCCUGGAGAGCCAAUGCAGCGCUCACUUUCAGUCCCAUCUCCACUCAAUCAUAAAGAUCAUAGUCAGUCCGUGACAGCUCUUGUGAGAAGUAGUGGCAGCUUUGAGCACAAUUCAAGAGAAGAACUUGAUCGUAACUUGAAAGGACACUCUAAAUCAGACCUCUCACCAUAUGGUGGUGAGUCAAAGGUCUGCGGAAUAGACAGGGAAAGUUGCAUAUCGCCUGAAAAAGGCAACUUGCUACAUACUACAAGACGGACAAUGGAGGUGUCUUAUGCGUUUAGAGAUGAUGAUAAUGAUGAAAGAUAUGCGCUCUCUGAACCUCUAACAUAUAAAAAUGACUCAACAAUAGCAGAUAAGCACUUAGAGAGCCUACUUAUUCAGGAAAAAGCUAACACUUUGCCUACGGAAGACCUCAGCAACCUGUAUGAGGUGAAAUUUGCAAAAGGAAUCCCUGAAAAUGAGUCUAUAGAGGAGAGGGCUGCAAGGAUCUUAGGUAUUACUGUUCCAGUUGAGGCUUUAUGUGUUGAAGACAAACAGUCUGAUGACGACGAGCCUGAAAUAGACACUGCUUUGGUUGACAAACAGCUAAGUUCCAAUGAAGAAACACAGCAAGUAACAAGAGCGAUUGUGCAAGUCCAAGAGGGAUCCCUGAUAGUCCAGGGACCAGAUAUGGAGGAGAUCAAGGAGACAGGGUCUAGAGUGGUGCAAGAGGAAGAAGACAGACUAAAGCACACAAAUGACCACAAUGAUGGCCAGCAGAAUCAGGAUACAGAAACUCCAUCAGUUCUAGACAUCCCCGAGUUCCCACCAAGUAAGCUUCCUCUGUCCCUACCCGUCACACCAGACAAGACCUUAUCACUGAGCAUAUGUAGUGGGGAGAAGAAAGGGAGAGGCGGAACAUGCAAACUUAUUGAAUCGCUGCAAGAUAAGCUGAACUGUUCUGCAGCUUCAUCUGCUGCUGCUUCGACUGGGUUGACUACAGACAGAAUGGCCCGUCUUAAAGAACUGGACUCUGUGUCUAGAAUAAGACGUCUUAGCCUGAAAACCCCAGAGCCUGUACAGGAACCAGAAUCUAAAGUAGUAGAAGAUCUAACAAUGAAAGUUUGUAACGAGACAAGGGAGAAUGUUGCGCAGCAAGGCGUUGACAAGGAGGAGCAGGAAGAGAAUCGAAAAAUAAGUCAAGAGGAAAGCCAGGAUGAAUGUGUCAGCUUAAAGAAGUUUGAAGAACCAAAAGAAGUGGCUGAUGAAAUCUGUAGGGAAGAGCAAAGACAUUUAGAGGUGGUACAUGACAUGACCGAUGAAACUGGACAAAAGGCAAGCAUCGAGAUAAAUGAAGAGCAUUUUAAACAUGAAGCUGAGGAAAGAAUGAUGGAAUUGAGAAUUGUAGAAGAUGUUGAAAACACCUCGGAGAACGUGCCAGAAGCAUUGGUCUGUACAGCUGAGACUACCAAACAUGCAGAGGAAGGAAAGUUACCAAUACCAAAGCAGCGCACCAAGCUCCAGAAGCCUCCUCUGCUUCCUAAACCUCGCAGCGUUCCCAAGAGAGAAAUCACUCUGCCACUGAGCUUCAGUACCGGAACCUGUGGCACCUCUGAUGUGGAGGAUGAAGAAAUGCUCUCUGUCUCAGACUCAUACGACCCCAGUCGAGUAGAAAGGGUGUGACCUCCAACCACUGCCUUCACCACUGUGGAAAUCUGUUUUUUUCUCCCAUUAACAGCUUUUUUACCACCGACAAAGACUUCCAUCUUGCCUCGUAGCUCAGUCGGCUCUCCCUCCCACCUCCUUCCAACGUCUCCAAGAACCGACUGUCCUGGUGCUGAAAGAGCAUUUUUACAGCCAAUAAAAGCUACAGCUGGGUGCUGCUUCUUUAGGUCGUAUCAGACAUGUCACCCCGUCGUCUUCGCCUCUAAACCAAGAGGCAAGAACUCAAGCAAGUGGACUUCCUCCUCUCAGAAGUCGUCUUUCCGUUUCAGAAGAAUGUGUGUCGUUGAUUCCCGUCCGCACUUCUUGGGAGCUUCCUUGUCGAAACCUGAAUGUAAGAGUGCUUCUGUUUAUCGAGCGAGCAAAAGAAAUGUAACAGAAAAAAAAACCACACACGCCCACAAGGUGACAGUAUUGCAUUACAAUCAGUAUUAACCUACACCAAAUGUAAAUAAAAGAGUUAUAAGAUUUUAUUAAGAUUAUAAAGAAAAAAAUAUCAAUCUAAGACAAUACAUUGAAAUGUAUAUUUUCUUAUGUAUGUUGAGAGAUUAGAUUUGUUUUUCAAAGUGUAAUCCUUACGUGUAUGAGCAGUAAUGAAACUCCUAACCGUUUUUGUUCCCCCCUCCUAUACGUGUGUGAUCGAGAAUGUACUAAAAGAGUUUGGGUUGCAAAGAGAAACACUGUGGUCCUUGAAUAGUUUCACUCAAGAGCAAUAUAGUCGUCAUAUACAGGGCAUAAUACCAGUAGUAAAGUCUAUUUCAAGGAGCUAAUCUCAUUUGCUUUGAAGCUCUACCUUUAGGUACAAGUGUUAGAUUUGCACUGCGGAGAUUAUUGGCUCCGUGUUAUUCCCAAACACCUGGUAAUCUCCUCACGUACUCGGAGAUUACGCUCAGAGCGAUCCCCCUUUGUUCGCUCGCAGUAUCAGCAGCCUCACUGUGUUAGAAAUGUCUUUAGUUAAACCGCAUACUGUUCCAAGAAAAAAAAAAGUCAUUCCAUGCGUAAUGUGUGGCAUUAAGAGAUCUGUACAUGCAGUUCUGCCGAGAAGUUUACAUCUUAACUUUGGGCUUUUAAUGAUUUAUUUCAACCAGGUUUUCCACCAGAGCGACUAACUUUAGAAAGGGAUUUAGGUGCCUGGGUUUGAAUAAAAGGGUCAAAUUAUAUGUUUGCAGGCUCAUAUGUAUCCACAUGCUUUGACUAAUCUUUGGUUAAAUUUACCUCAAGCAGAAACUUGUCAUGGCCAAAACCACGUUUUUGGCAUAACUUUGGCCUCUUACCAGCAAUGGUUGUUUUCUAAUUGAUGUUAGGGCAUUAAAGGCGUUUAUUGGUAGCCAUCUUUCUUCCAUUUCAAAAUCAGUGUUGGUGCAUCAAGCUACUGUCAGCAAGUUUCAGUCGUCUAGUUGUUAUUUGAGAUGCAUUUGUAGAAUUUGGAACUACCUCUCUUUCUUCACACACCAGAACCACUGGCAGCAGAGCGACAGCAUCGUGUUGCUGCCCCUUCUAUGUUUAGUAUCAUAUAAUUGCGCAAUUUGACGUUUUCACUUAAUGGAAAUGCGGCAAGUUAAAAAAAACAACUAAUUUUUGAUGAAAGGUUUUGGUGCUAGGAUGAGGUGUUUUUAUUUGGCAGUAGCGAAACUGCAAUGGAAAGACUUUUCUCGCACCACAUGAUCAACAAGCAGAUGUAGCCGCUGGCACAAACCAUGAAGAAGAAAACGGCAGGAAGUGGUAGGAGGAUGAUGGGGUAACAUGUUUUAUAAAUAUUGUGUGAAUAAACAUAUUCACGCGUGAUUUUGUGUUUUUUAGUCAAUGAAAACAUUUCAAAAGUUGUGUCUUUUCAACACAAUUUCACAAGAUUUGUCAAUAUUUAGCGAUAUUGACGAAGUUUUGCCCACGUUUGCAAUAGAAGCGCAGCUCAGUUUUUGUUCUGUCUGACCCUAAAAUUCUCCAGAAUUUAUUUGAUUUGUUCAUGUGAGAAACUAGCGGGGAAAAAACAGCCAUGUUUUGAAGGUGUUGAAUAUGCAGACUGGUAUAAUUGUUGGUUGGUAACCUGUUAAUCAGUGGUAAUGUAAAAAUCUUUCAAUUAUGAACAGUUACACCGAUAAUACAGCAAUAUCCAGUUUAUGGUGGGUUUGAGUUUUGUUGGUGUCUGGGUUGUUCCUGACCAGUUUUCGUUGAUCCGAGGGGUACAGUGACCCGGCAAACUGAUUUGGAGUCGUAUCCGAAUAACUUACACACAAAUUAAAUAUAUUUGUUGAAACAAAUAGUCUUAGUUGUGAAUUUCUUUUUUUAAAGGUUGCAUUGGCUCUACAGGCCUUUAUUUGAUAGUGAACUGACAGGAAAGUGGGUAACAAGAGAAGGGGGAAGACAAAGCGGCAAAGGUCAUCAGGCCUGCAACCUGCAUCAAACCUGCAACGGCCACAACAAAGACUAAGACCUCCAUAUGUGGGUUGUGCUAAACCCCUGCACCACCACAGCAGCCCUAGUUGUGUAGAAAUGACUCCGAAAACUUUCCAAUUCUUGGUUGUUCCCUUGGACGUUUCCAUUGUUCUUAGUAUUGGUUUUCCGUUGAGUGCUGCCAAACGAAGACAGCAUAGAACUUAUGCACCUUAUUUUUCUUAUUUUUUUAAAAAUUAUUGAACCUGUAUGUUGCAUAAAUAUUCCACAGAGUGGCUACAAUAAAUCAUUAAACGCCCAAAAAAGUGCUCUGAUAUUCAAAGCCCGGGAUGGGUUUAUGCAAACAUCCGACUGGAACCGUUGAGAUUUCCUCGCCAGUUUGUUGCGUUUGUGUUGUUUUUUGCAGAAAGACAGAGAUGUAGCGCUGCAGAUCGCAGUGUGCCUUGUACACACUGUCUCAGUGGAGAUGUUUGUCUGGUGUCCCCUGUCCAGUUUGGGCAGCAGCAACUCCAUUUCAUCUCAACAGAUAAGACACGUGAAGUUGUUUAGGCAAUAAUAGUAUUAAGCUAAAGACGCUUAGUAACGAUGCUGUACAGAAUCUUGCUGUUGGAAUACUAGUCACGGUAUCAUAAGUUGAUGCUGACAUAUCAGUAUUGUAAAAGUUGCGGGUAGACCUGGCAGUUGGUUAGCAAUAGAAAAAAAAAAUGGACAAACAUGCCAAACCGAACUUUAUGCUAUGCAUUGAAUUUUUUUUUUUUUUUUUUUUUGGAUUUUUUUUUUAAACUAGCAAAGUUCAAGGCUAAAAUGCUAUUAUCCACUUUGCUUGUGCAACCAUAUUACUCUGUGAUCCAGCUGUAUUAAACUGUGUGGUAAAAGCCUGUUUGGACCGGCGUGAGGCUUGCUUGGAAGCAGCUCUGUCGGCGGUUCACAACCAGGUUCCGUGCCGGUCGGUCCGGGCUCCAGCUCAGUAUUCCUGCACCUCCGUGCUCCAGGUGAGGCGUUAUCCGGUUCAUCCCCGUUAGGUCUUUUUGUACCGCGACGUCUUUGUAACAUAAUCUAGACAACUGGUGCACAUCCUGCUUUGAUAUUUUCUAUUUUCAUACAGAAGUAUGUACAGCUUUUUUUUUGUAAGUGCCGCAUCUCUCCUUCCCUCCCCUCUUUAUUUCGGUGCAUGUAACAACGCAACAAGCCACAGAGGAGGUGUAUUUGAAUAUAAUAAUUGCAUUUGGUACAAUAUAGUCUAUCCAAUAAACAACUGUUAUAUUUCAUACAAUGUAUAUUUUAUUUUACAAAAUGUUAAGCUACAUAUUUAAAACAGAACAAGGUAUUUUUAGAUUAUUGUGAAGGCGGAGAUGUUUUCGGAGGCCCAGUAUUUGUCCGUACUUGGUAUGAUUAUUGAGGCUGAUCAGAAAUCGAGACAAAUCUGUGCUGUUGUACCCGUGCUACAGACUGUUCAUAAAUAAAAGUCUUUGCAUGAAA